UGACAGUGACGCGCCCGGGGAAACUCUCCCUGUUCCUGAACCAGCGGGGCGGUUUAUUAUUAUUGUUGUUUCCCUUUGGCUGGCUUUUGUGUUGCCCGGCUGCUUGGGGUGGGCUGCCGCCGCCUCCCGCUUCCUGGAGCUGCAGCGUGGAGAGGAGCCGAGCGGGUGGCUGGCUGGCUGGAGGUUGGGAGCCAAAGCGAGGCGGGCUUGGUUGGUUGCUCGUCGAAGGACCCUGGGAUCUCCCCAGCCGAGCAACUCCAUCCUCGGGAGAACAACAGGGGGGCGGCUCCCUCCCAGCCUGCCUGCCUGCCUGCCUGCCACCCAUCACUCCAUCUUUCCCUCCACCCAGCGGGACUCCCUUCUCCAAGCUCUCUGGAUCAUCCUCCAGGCUCGACCUCCUCCUCCUUGCUUUGCUUGAGACGGAUCUUUGCCUCUCUUGUGACCGAUUAGCGCCUAAUCCCAGUCGCCUACCCCCAGUUCAUGGAUUAUCUGAAAACUGCAGUAAACUAAAAUGUCUGAAUGUAUCCAGCUUUCAUUUGCUGUUUGUAGAAUUGGCAUUUACACGUGUUUUCGAGCACUUUGCUGCAAAGGACCUCCGCCACCACGGCCAGAGUAUGACUUGGUUUGCAUAGGUCUCACUGGCUCUGGCAAGACUAGUUUACUAUCACAACUCUGCAGUGAAAACAGAGAAAAUAUAGUGUCAACAACAGGUUUUAGCAUAAAAGCAGUGCCAUUCCAGAAUGCCAUCUUGAACGUGAAAGAGCUUGGAGGGGCCGACAAUAUCAGGAAAUACUGGAGCCGUUACUACCAAGGGUCUCAAGGUGUCAUCUUUGUAUUGGACAGUGCCUCUUCAGAAGAUGAUUUAGAAAUUGCUAGAAACGAACUGCACUCUGCUCUCCAGCAUCCACAAUUAUGCACUUUGCCAUUUUUAAUAUUGGCCAAUCACCAAGACAAGCCAGCAGCCCGUUCAGUACAAGAGAUCAAAAAAUAUUUGGAACUUGAACCACUUGCACGAGGAAAGCGCUGGAUACUUAAGCCCUGUUCAUUGGACAACAUGGAAGCCGUAAAAGACAGCUUCGGCCUACUGAUAAAUUUACUAGAAGACAGAGAGCUCGAACCUUCAAGAAUCUGAAAAAAAAAACUAGAAUGGUUCGCAGAUAGCAUUGUACCUGUUUCUUUGGCUCACCGCUGGAAAAUGAUUUGAUAUAAGGAAGAUUAUGUUAGAGCUUGCAAUAAAUAUAUUUUUGCAUUUGGUUUGGAAAGGCUGUUUAUACAUUCUGUGAAUCAGGUAUGUGAUUCUUUUCAGUAAAGUUGCCUGUGCUACUGAAAGAGGAGCUCAUCUUGCCCAGAAAGAGAUGUGCUCGUUGUAUGCCAUUUCCCUCCAUUGUCAUCAGAACUGUAAUGUGGAAUUUGGUUGCAUGUAUAAAAUGUAAAACCAGAUAUAAAUGGACACCAAAAGCUAUCCUGAAAUUAUAUUCACUGAGAACCAGUUUAUUCUUGAAACCAAUGUAUGAAUUCCUGAUGCAAAGACUAAUUCAGAAGCCUUAUUAAGUGCAGACACCUUUAACACUUUGUUAUAGAGAACCAAACCAUUGAUGUAAGAGUAGGCAAGGCAAACACAAUGGACAUAUCAGUAUUUUGUUAUGAAUUUGAAGCCUCUUAAAUGCAAAGAAAUAGCCUUUGUAAAUGUAAAUUACGCAGAUGAAUGUGUAAACUGUUGAUAAAGUGAAGGCUAAAAACAAAACACAGGUUUAAGAAAUCACUGGAUGUAUUCUACAUAACUAGUAUUAUGCUAGAACUCCUAGGCCACAGACUUCUUUUUUAAAAGUCAUUGUCGUUGAAUUGAAUUGAAAUUGUCUAUCUGUGUUUCUUAACUACCCCUAUUUUCAGGGGCUCGGAUUUGUUUCGUAGUUUUUAUUGGGAUGGUAGAUUUUUUGUUAUGGUUGUUGUUGUUGUUGUUGGUAUAUGUGACAGCACUCCGCUUAGUUCUAAAAAAUAUAUCCCUUUCCCAGCAUUACUCCUUGUUGAAGUCCACAGGUUGCUUCUGAUUCAAAAAUGUUUGGAUAUUGGAGCACUGGCCAUAAUAUAGCAAUGGAUCAUUAUUCAUAAAUUGAAUAUGUACCUUGAAUGGUAUAUUUAUCUACCAAGUAGAGGGUGAAGUAUCCUAUGGUAGAAUAUUAUACCACUGGUGAUGCCAAUUGCCUUUGAAUUUGUUUUUGGGUGGGGGUUGGUAGGUCUGGCUUUAUUUUUUUAUUUUCAAAGAUAAAUGCUGAUUAUCUUUCAUUUGUAAAUAUAUGAUGUUUUUUUUAAUAAUAAUAAUAAUUUUAUAAUUUACUGUGGGAUUACUUUGAAUACUGGGAUGUAAAGAUUAUCAAAAAUUUCUCAGCGUAUAAUGCACCUUGAUUUGCGAAUCUCUCAUUUUAAUGGGGAAAUCUCCCAUCUAACAUUUGAAUUCCUUGUGAAUAAUGCCACUUGAUAUACUUGUAGCAGUGAAGCUAGAAAUUAAAGUUGUUAAGCAUGGUUGUAGAGGGAAGGAGCUAGAAAUGACCCAAAGGACCAAAAUGUCCUCAAGUAGUGGUUGGUUUUGCCAUCACUUUUUACCUAUAUCCAUCCUAAAAUGCUCCUUCUAUAGACUGGAGUUUUGAAUUUUAAAAAUAGUUAUGAUCCCAAGGCAUCUUUGUUCAUCUCCGGUGAUCUAAUUCCAUCUAAAGAAACUAAGGUCAACUUAGGUGGGCUAUGAUUAUUUUUUUUUUGCUGACAGUAGUGGUUUCCAGUUUAUUUUUGGCAUAGAAAGAUUAAAGGAUGCUAGGUGCAGUAGGAAAUAGCAAAUAGCUUUAAACUGGUUUGCCAUCUUUAAUUGAGGACCAGGCAUAUAAGAAAACAUCAGAUAACUUUUAACUGGUUUGUCAUCUCUAAUGGAGGACGGGGUGUAUAGGAAAAUAAAAAGGGCCCAUUGUCAUGACUUCAGAAGGAUGUCUUCACCAAAAUAUGUGAUUAAACUGUUUCAAGGAGGGUAUUUUUUCUCUCCACUUAUUAAAAAUGGUGUUACCCAAUAUUUCUGUGUGAAAUGUGCAGAAGUGGAACCUAACUAGAAUGGGUUGUGAUUUUACAUAGGUUUACUUUGGAGUCAACAGAAUUCAACUUGGUGAAGCUUCCUUAUUAUUCAGCCAGCACGCAGAACCCAUGUUGAAACUUGCGCAAGAAUCAGACAUUUAUCAAUGGAUUUUCAUCAGAAAUGAUAAUACCUCAGAUCUGCUAAAGUGCUCAAAAGCCUUCUCAUUUUUAUUGUUCCUUUGGUAGGUCUGUGCUAUAACUGGAUUUCAACAUAUCAGUAAAGUUUUGAUAUCUUUGAAAACUUCUUUUAAAAAAAGAGUUAAUGCCACAUGUUCUGUCUAAAGUGUUCUUGAUUGUGCAUUUAUUCUGUGAGCAACAAUACAGUUCUUAUCCCACUCUGCAAGUUGUUUUUCUUUGCAUCUCGCCUUGCCCUUUCACUAUACUGAAGAAAUAAAUCCCAUCGAUGAAAA